UUUUCCUUUUCUUUGUGCCCAUUAAAUUUUGAUUUUCGAAUUUUUUUUAUUCUGCUGGCUGAGAAACGACGCCGCUUUGCCAUCGCCAACAUUUGUUGACCUCCGCCGUUGAUUAGUCUGCCGCCCCGCCGCUGCUCCACCCGAUGCACCUGUACCACGGCACCGCUUUUUUCCUCCAAUAAAUUAGCUUUCAUCUUUUCUCUUCGCAUUCAACCGGUUCCAAGAUUCAACCUUUUUCCGAUUCCUGGAUAACUCUUUCGUUACUGUCACAGUUUCAGCCACCGUCGAUAUGACUACGGCAAUGAAGCUGCAUCGCACCUCGUCCUCGAGACCGGCGACUCCUCCGCUGGCGUUGUGUAACGAUGCCGAAUUAGAGAAGAAUAGCCCCCUUUUGGAAAGAGAAGAAACGACGCCGUUUGAAGAAGAGUUGCUCUCCAACUUAAAGAAGCGUGGUUUUUAAUUGACGCUUUUAUCAAUUCUCUGCCCAACGCAACGACGUCGUAUUGCCUUGGUCAUUUCAGUAUAAAUAGCCGAUUCCGGGAUUGGGAAAGGCAAGCAAUUUCAGAAUCUAGUUUGUAGUUAGGUUAGUGUAGCUCGUCUUUUAGCCUAAUUUUUCUCAUUUUUCCUAUCUUUAAUCUUGUAAUCGAACACAAUUUCUGAGCAAUGGAUUACUGUUAUUAUGAAUCUAAUUCGAUUCAUAACAAAUGGUAUCAGAGCAUCGAUGCUGGGAAGGGAAGGGCAACGAUGGUUGAUGGCAACCCAUCAACCAAUUCUGGUUUUCCUAGGUUUGAUGGACAAUACCCUAGGAUUUGGUUGUGGAGGUGUAACAGAUAUUUCCUUGUGAAUCCCAUGAACGAGCAACAAAAGGUGUUCAUGGCAUCAAUGCAUUUAGAUGGCAAAGUAAAUGUCUGGUAUACCGAGUACGCUGAUGUCCUAGAAUAUUUUGGAUGGGAAACAUUUUCAAAUAUUGUGAAAGAUACAUUCAGUGAAGAGGAAGGGGUUAGUUCGGUAGCGGAGUUCAAUCGGCUCAAGCAAGUGUCUAGUGUGGAGGAUCUAUCUUCUGAAAUAGAAGGCACAAAUGAAGAACACAAGGUGUUCGAUGAAAUGACAAAGACAAAGUCCAAACUCAUCACUAAUGGAAAAGAAGAACACUUGGCAGCGGUUAAUGUCGGUAAAACUUUAUUCAUGGAAGAGACUUCUGAGAUUUUGGAACACCAAGUGUUUGAUAAAAUGGCAGAAUCAAGAUGUGAAGCUUUUGUUGGCGAAAAUGAGGAUAAUCUAAAUGUGAAUGAUGACGAUCUAAACGGUGAUGAGAGGCAGAAGAAAAGAGAGUCAGAGAAGAACUUUGUCCUUGACGGGGAUGAUUAUAAACUUUUCCGGGAAAGCCACAUCUCUGUUCAUCGUCCAAAACUUGGAAACAAGAAGUUUAAGGGACCAAAAACGGCUCGGGGGGAUACAAAAGAAGAGCCUCCUGGACUUCCAAAUCAUGAGAAGUUCGAUGAAGGUGGAACACACGGGCAUACAACUGAGCAGGAUCUUAAGCGCAACUUGCGUGGUGAUAAUGAUGGGCAACCACUCGAGGAAUUGCUGAUGGAGGCUGUUUUGAUUGAAGGACGCCAUAUGUUCAAAAAAAUGGCCAAACCGAAACUGGAACGCAAUAUGUUCGAUGAAACAAAAUCAAAAUUGGAAUCCUUUGCCGGAGAAGAAAUCAAAGCUUGUUCGGGUGACAAAUUUCAAGUGAUUUGUUUGGACAUGGGUGACCUUGGCGGCAAAAUUUGGAAUGGGUCGCUAACUAAUAUUGAGUCAGAUGAAUUAAUAUGUUUGAAGAAUCUUUUUCCAGCAAAUAGAUUGAAGUGCGCGAAGCCAUGGCGAAUGCCACCGGAGCCUCCACCUCUGCAUUAUGAAGAGGAAUUCAACUACUCAACAUCAACCUCUAUUCAAUUUACAAAAGUUAUGAAAGAGAUCAGCCAACAAGCAUAUUGGAUUAGGGAUUUCGUGAAGAAAAAAUGUUGUUACAAGUGGUUCGCGAACGACGGAGACUGGUUUUCUAGUCGGAGUAGGUUUUGGGACACUCCACUUUCCAUUGGGAAAGAAGGGUGUUGGCCGUGUAAUAAAUAUUUAUUUUUUGUUGUUGAGAAUGGAGUCGGAAAUAGGGAGAGUGGAACGAAUAUGAGAAUUGGAGCUGUGGUAAGCGAGAUUUGGACAGGAGAUGUCAUUUAUUGGGAGUUUGGUGAUAAUUUUGUGUCGGCUGAAUUGGAGGAUAUUUUCUUCAAUUUGUCUCCUGCUGAGUUACUUCCUGGAAUACCCUUGUCUAAACCGGCUGAGAAGUUGCUCUUGGCAUAUGCUAGACCAGCCUCAAAUGUUCGAAUUAAACAUACCUCAAAAGGUGGUGACAAUUUUCAAGCUGAAAUAAUCUCGUUCGUGGAACUCGCAGCUACUUCAAGUGGAAUUUCCCAUAAAUUGCAUGAAUGUGGUGUUUUAUGGAGCGCCCUUGAACGAUCUGUUUGUACUCUGAAGCUUACCAUUGUUCUUGCAAAAGGCAUGUUUCGUAUAUUCUGGAUUGUAGAUGAGAAAACCGUUGCCUCCUUUAAAAAGCUUGCAGCAAUUCCUCGAAUGCUCAAGGUACAAAAGUCUAAAAGAUUUUGCUCUCCAAGUGCUUUAGCCGAAAGCACUUCCUGUGAAGCGGCAUUUCAUGAUGUCCAUGAAAUUUCUUUAACACUUGAGAUGACUUGGAGUGGGGCGAAGUGCAUGAAAAAAUUGAUGGAAUUGUUUGCAAAGUACUUCUCAUUAUCAGAUGAUGCAAAAUUUUCCAUUUUGUGCACUUCUAUGUGUAUCACUUUUAUGUUUGACUUGUUUUGGGAAGAGGGCCUAAGAAGUGUUAUGCUCAAGUAUGUUCUCGAGUUUAAGAAGAUCGUCCCAUUGUCCGAAGAGGAUCAAAAGGCAAAAGUGUUCAUGUGCUCCAAGUACCUGGAGACAUUCACACAAUUGGACGAACAAGUUAAUAAUUUCGCGGAAUUGUCAAUUGAGCUACUAGCUGAAAAUGAGGAGAAGUUGAUUCUGAAUGUCAUCCAAAUGGUGACUUGCUUGCUGUUGCAGAAUGAAACUUCAAAAGUUGUUUUUAAUGUUCUUGAAUUUUCUACAUCUCACGGUGAAAAAGAAUUAGUUGUUUGCUUGAGUGAUGAUGGUUGUAAGUUUUGGGGCAUGUUGGUGUCUAAUCUUGAAAAUGACAUGGGUAGUCUUGAUAGCAAUAGCUCGUUUAUACCAAGACGCCGCCCUCCGCCGGAGCCACCGCCGGUUACUAGUUGGAGUUAUCUCACUGUAAUUAUCGUUGCUCAUGAUCCAUGCCAUUAAUUUAAAAAAUGAAGUGGGGCCCUUUGACAAAGAAGCUAAGGAGGGAUCUAAUGCUCGGAUCCUCGAUGCUCAAUAUGUUAUAGCCUUGAGGACAAGGCUGUCAUUAAGGGGGAAGGAAUGUAACGAUGCCGAAUUAGAGAAGAAUAGCCCCCUUUUGGAAAGAGAAGAAACGACGCCGUUUGAAGAAGAGUUGCUCUCCAACUUAAAGAAGCGUGGUUUUUAAUUGACGCUUUUAUCAAUUCUCUGCCCAACGCAACGACGUCGUAUUGCCUUGGUCAUUUCAGUAUAAAUAGCCGAUUCCGGGAUUGGGAAAGGCAAGCAAUUUCAGAAUCUAGUUUGUAGUUAGGUUAGUGUAGCUCGUCUUUUAGCCUAAUUUUUCUCAUUUUUCCUAUCUUUAAUCUUGUAAUCGAACACAAUUUCUGAGCAAUGGAUUACUGUUAUUAUGAAUC